GGUUUUCCAGGAAACACAAACGCGGACAGUGUGGUGCAUUACCGACUCCAGCCUCCUUUCGAAGCCAGGUUCCUGCGCUUCCUCCCCUUAGCCUGGAACCCUAAGGGCAGGAUUGGGAUGCGGAUAGAAGUGUAUGGAUGCACAUACCGAUCUGAGAUGGUUAAUUUUGAUGGAAAAAGCUCCUUGCUAUACACAUUUAAUCAGAAAUCCGUGAGUCCAACAAAAGAUGUUAUUUCUUUGAAAUUUAAAACCAGGCAGACUGAUGGGAUUCUACUCCACAGAGAAGGACAAAAUGGCAAACACAUCACCCUGGAGUUAGUUAAAGGAAAACUCAUCUUAUCCCUUAAUUCAGGCCAUGCUAACCUGCCCUCCCCUGACACCUGUGUGACCCUCACCCUGGGCAGCCUGCUGGAUGACCAGCACUGGCAUUCAGUCCUCAUCGAGCUCCUGAAUACACAUGUCAACUUCACUGUGGACAGGCACACUCAGCAUUUCCAGGCUAAGGGCGAGUCCAGCUAUUUGGAUCUUGAUUAUGAGAUCAGCUUUGGAGGGAUUCCUGGACACGGAAAAUCAGUGGCAUUCCCACAUAAAAACUUUCACGGCUGCUUUGAAAAUCUCUACUAUAAUGGAGUGGAUGUCAUUGAAUUGUCCAAGAAACACAAACCACAGAUCCUCAUCAUGGGAAAUGUGUCCUUCUCGUGCUCACACCCUCAAAUUGUGCCCGUGACUUUUCUGAGCUCCAGGAGUUACUUGGCUCUGCCGGGCUCUGCCGGGGAGGACAAGGUGUCGGUCGCUUUCCAGUUUCGAACGUGGAACAGGGCAGGGCUGCUGCUGACCUCUCAGUUUCGACACGGGCCAGGGGCUCUCAUCCUCGUUCUUAAUGAUGGAAAACUCAAGCUGAGUCUCUCCCAACCUGGACAUCCGGCGAGGGACGUCACAGCAGCUUUUAGAUCCUUCUUCCUAAUAGUUAACCUCAAUAUGUUUCUGAAAGGAUCUAGAAAGGUGCAAAGGUGCUUGCCCAGCUACUGUGAACACGGGGGCGAAUGUUCCCAGUCCUGGGACACCUUCUCCUGUGACUGCGCGCACACUGGCUACACGGGCGCGACCUGCCAUUCCCCUUUGUAUGAGCAGUCCUGUGAAGCCCACAAGCACAGAGGAGACUCCUCAGGGCUCUACUAUAUCGAUUCAGACGGAAGUGGCCCGCUUGGACCUGCUCUCGUAUAUUGCAACAUGACAGAAGACACCACCUGGACUUCAGUGCAGCACAAUGGCUCCCACUUGGCCAGGGUCAAAAGCUCGAAUGGAGAAAGCCCCCACCCCGUGUUUCUCAAGUACACAGCCAGCAUGGACCAGCUCCAAGCCAUCAUUGACCGUGCGGACCACUGCCAACAGGAGCUGGCCUUCCACUGCAAGAAGUCAAGGCUUUCAACUGGCCACGAUGGAACCCCAGUGAGCUGGUGGGUUGGAAGAACCAAUGAAACACACACUUACUGGGGAGGUUCUCUGCCUGAUGCUCAAAAAUGUGCUUGUGGAUUACAGGGGAACUGCCUUGAUUCUCAAUAUUACUGCAACUGUGAUGCUGACCGGAAUGAAUGGACCAGCGACACAGUAAUCCUUUCUCAUAAGGAGCACCUGCCAGUCACUCAGGUUGUGAUGAGCGCCACAGGCCGACCACAAUCAGAAGCGGCUUAUGCACUGGGGCCUCUGCUCUGCUGGGGGGACAAUUCAUUUUGGAAUUCUGCUUCCUUCAAUACCGAGACUUCAUACCUUCACUUCCCUACGUUCCGUGGAGAGCUCAGUGCUGAUGUGUCUUUCUUUUUUAAGACGACAGCUCCUUCUGGGGUGUUUGUAGAGAACCUGGGGAUCACAGACUUCAUCAGGCUAGAGCUGCACGCUCCUGCAGAAGUGACCUUUUCCUUUGAUGUGGGGAACGGGCGUUGUGAGGUCACAGUGCGGUCUCCCACUCCCUUUAACGACAAUCGGUGGCACCACGUGAGGGCAGAGAGGAAUGUGAAGGAGGCAUCGCUUCAAGUGGAUCAGCUCCCCAGCAAGACGCAACCUGCACCCCCUGACGGGCAUGCCCGCCUACAGCUCAACAGCCAGCUCUUUGUGGGCGGGACGGCCACCAGACAGAGAGGCUUCCUGGGGUGCAUUAGGUCGCUGCGGGUGAACGGGCUGGCCCUGGACCUGGAAGAAAGGGCCACAAUGACACCAGGCGUGGAGCCGGGGUGCUCAGGACACUGCAGCAGCUACGGACACCUGUGUCGUAACGGAGGGAGGUGUAGAGAGAGACCCGGGGGCAUCGCUUGUGACUGUGCCUUCUCCGCGUAUGACGGGCCAUUCUGCGAGAGCGAGAUUUCUGCGUAUUUUGGAACUGGCUCAUCAGUUAUCUACAACUUUCAAGAACAUUCUAAUUACACCUCCAGUAAGAACUCCAGCUCCUUUGCAGCUUUAUUUCAUGAGGAUCUGACGCUGGCCGGCGAAAUGGCCACACUGAGCUUCCGGACCACAGGGACGCCCAGCUUACUCCUCUAUGUGAGCUCCUUCUAUGAGGAGUACCUGUCCGUUAUCCUUGCCCCCAAUGGAAGUUUGCAGAUCAGGUAUAAGCUGGACAGGCACCAGGAACCUGAUGUUUUUAACUUUGGUUUUAAAAACCUCGCCGAUGGGCAGCUUCACCAGGUGAAGAUUCACAGAGAAGCGGCUGUGGUCUCUGUAGAGGUUAACCAGAAUGCAAGGAGACAAGUCAUCCUGUCAUCAGGGACAGAAUUCAAUGCUGUCAAAUCCCUUAUGUUGGGGACAAUUUUAGAGCCCCCCGGCGCGGACCCGGACACGCUGCGGGCCGGCGCGCGCGGCUUCACCGGCUGCCUCUCGGCCGUGCGCUUCGCCCCCGCCGCUCCGCUCAAGGCUGCGCUGCGCCCCGGCGGCCCCGCCCCCGUCACCGUGCGCGGACACGUGACCGCCGCGUCCCGCUGCGCGGAGGGGGCGGGGCCCGGAGCCCCGGCGCGGGAGGCCACCCGCCCGCUCGCAGGUGGCGCAGGUGGUUCUGGACCAACAGAUGGGGGAGAACCCUUAGUUAAUGCUGACAGAAGUGACUCUGCUGUCAUCGGAGGUGUGAUAGUGGUUGUGAUAUUUAUCUUGCUCAGCAUCACUGCCAUAGCCCUACGCAUUUAUCAGCAGAGAUGGUUAUACCAAAAAAAUGAGUCAAAUGUUCCCCAAACCGGAGACAACGCUGAGACUGCUCUGAAAAGUGAGGUCAACCUGCAAAGUACAAUUAGUGAAAGCCAGAAAGAAUAUUUCUUCUGAGGGGCCGCGGUGGCUUACUUAGGGCUCUGGUGACGCGAUGAGUUUCUCGCUAAGCCAGGGGCUCCCAGUGGGUGAAGCCCACCCCCUCCCGGCCCCCUGGGACAGGUGAUGGUUGUGUGGUCCUGGGAGGCUCUGCUCUGCGCUGCCUCACGAUCUAUUUAUGUAGAAGUGACUUAGGUGUGCUCGUUAAUCCCUGUGUGGCAGUUUCUGACUGUUCUGGCCCGAUCGUCAAAAAUUCAAAUGUAUUUUGCAUAACGACUUUGGGUUUUAAGUGAAAACAAGGAUUUGAGCUGUGGCCCUACUCUCUUAAAAAUGAGACACGGAAGUUUAUAAAAGUCAAAGUUGAACUCUAGUGUUUUGUGUUGUGUGGAAAUCUGUUUUACUUCCUUUAUUGAUCACCUACUGACAUUUGAAAGCUGGGAAGUGCUUCUUGGAUGGUCUUCGAGUGCGUUUCCAUCUUCCGGUGAACCAGAGCCCACUGGCCAAAAAUGCACUAGAAACCUAGAAAAAAACAUUUUUUUUGGCCAAUUGUUUUUAUUAUUUGUCUCUUUUAAGUUAGUUUGCAUACAUUUUUAGUGAUGAAAUGAGUACUGAGUGUCAGUUAUGAAAUUGUAGUAUUCUGUUCAUUUAUGGAACAGAAAAAUUCGUAAGUAGCAGAGCAUGUAAAGCAUUCCAGUCUGCAGUACUUCGCUUAUUUUUCUUUGUAAUUGGUCAUUUUAAUCUUUGUAAAUUAUGGUAAAGAUCAUCUGAUGAUCUCCCCAAAAUGUAUAUUUUCUAACUGAAGUUGUGCCCAGGUAUAAACUCUGUACUUAACACUGUCAAUGUAUCCUUCAUCCAUUCCAUUGGGAAGAAAUAUAAUCCUGAACUUAUUUCCUUCAAA